GAGGAUUAGGAAAUGGUGUGUGAAAGGGUUAGUGGCUGGUCAGCUAUCUGAAACUAGAGCAAGACCUUUCGUGUCUGUAGGCGUUGUUUAUUUAAGUUUUAGCGACAGGGCAGCAUUGAGGUGUCUUUGUUUGUAUGUGCAGUGCGAUACAAUUAAUGUCAAAAGUCUGAGACUAACAUAUACAAAGCGAGCAAGCUUUUGUUUGCGAAACGAUAAUGCUAACUAGCGAUAGCUAACUUGCUAGCUUGCUCAGUGUCUUGAGUCGUCAGGAGCGUUGUGUUGACUCCUACACACCAGCUACCUUGUGGAUUAGUUCUUUGGCCUCGUAGCCAACCUUUUACGAAUGGCAAUGUCUUUGACAUAGCCAACUAGUAUUAACGAUGUAUGUGUGUAGAGAUACUUGUGAUGCAGAUUGUGUGUGGCCACUGGAACGCCAGGUAUAGCUACUACCUCAUGCGGAAUAACUGUCGUAGCUAGCUAGAGUAGCUAACGACUCCAAUGGAAUAGGGUAUAAAAGUGAAUGAUCAGCUGAUUGAGCUAACCAGCUAAUCUAUUUAGCUUGCUGUAGUUGUCCUCGUUGUUAAAGGGCUUUGUGGAUGUUCCGCAAUGAAGGCGACGAGGAUCUGUCAACUUCUAUUUGUUGUCAUAUUUGUGUCUCUGGGAACAACAGCUGAUUUGCAAGCCGAAGAGAAUGAAGUGCCAGACGUCAAGCAGAACAUAGAGAAGAAGGAACAGGUCCCAGUAGGGGCCCAUGUGGUAGCAGGCCAGUCCAUUUACCCACAGGAGCCAACCCCAACGGAGGAGCAGGCCCAGGAGGAGCAGGAGCAUGGCAGGGGAGCACCAGAAAUGGAGGUGGAGAAGGAGGACCUACCUGACCAGCCCUCCCCUCCCCAAGUGAAGCCCAAAGAGAUUCCCGUGGCGAUUGGGGGCACAGCCUCAGGGGAGCCCUGCCUCUUCCCAUUCCGCUUCCUGGGCAAGGAGUACAGCGACUGCACUACCGAGGGCCGCCGCGACGGCAGGCUGUGGUGUGCCACCACCUACGAUUACGACCACGACAAGAAGUGGGGCUUCUGUGAAACGGAGGAGCAGGCAGAACAGAGGCGGCAAGCUGAGGAGGCCGAGGAACAGUAUCAGUCUGCCGUCCGGAUGAUCAACAGCACCAACCGGAAGAGCCAGAAGAAAGAGGCAUAUGAGAGGCUACUGAAGAUCUCUGCUAAAGGUCACGUCAAAGCGACAGAGAAGGUGGCCUAUGCCAUGUUGUUUGGAGAAUACAUCCCUCAGAACGUCACUAAGGCCAAGGAUCUGUUUGAGAAGCUUGCACUUGAUGGGUCCCCCAAAGCCCAAAUGGCUCUCGGCUUCCUGUAUGCGGCAGGUCUGGGAGUGAACUCCAGUCAAGCGAAGGCUUUGGUUUACUAUACCUUUGGUGCCUUGGGUGGUAACCUGCUUGCCCAUAUGAUUCUGGGCUACAGAUACUUUGGAGGAGUUGGAGUGCCUCAGAGCUGCGAAUCAGCGCUCACUCACUACAGACUCGUGGCCAAUCAUGUGGCUAACGACGUCUCCCUGACGGGGGGCAGUGCUGUGCAGAGGAUCCGACUGCUGGACGAGGUGGAGAACCCUGGCUCCAGCAGCAGCAUGCUGGAGGAGGACCUCAUCCAGUACUACCAGUUCCUGGCCGAGAAGGGAGACGUCCAGGCACAGGUUGGUCUGGGUCAGCUGCAUCUUCAUGGCGGUCGAGGAGUUGAGCAGAAUCACCAGCGUGCCUAUGACUACUUCAACCAAGCUGCCAAUGCAGGAAACACCCAUGCCAUGGCCUUUUUAGGAAAGAUGUACUCCGAGGGGAGUGAGUUUGUGCCGCAGAACAAUGAGACGGCGCUGCAGUACUUCAAAAAGGCCUCUGAUCUGGGUAACCCAGUGGGACAGAGUGGUCUGGGAAUGGCCUACCUGUAUGGAAGAGGGGUCCCUGUGAACUAUGAGCUGGCUCACAAAUACUUCCAGAAAGCUGCUGAACAAGGUUGGGUGGAUGGACAGCUUCAACUAGGAACCAUGUACUACAAUGGGAUUGGUGUGAAGCGAGACUACAAGCAGGCACUCAAGUACUUUAACCUGGCCUCCCAGGCUGGCCACAUCCUGGCCUACUACAACCUGGCACAGAUGCACGCCACUGGCACAGGGGUCAUGAGGUCCUGUCCUACUGCUGUGGAUCUCUUCAAGAACGUGUGUGAGCGCGGGCGCUGGUCUGAGCGUCUGAUGGCGGCCUACAGCAGCUUUAAGGACGGCGACCUGGACUCAGCGCUGGUGCAGUACCUGCUGCUGGCCGAGCAGGGCUACGAGGUCGCCCAGAGCAACGUGGCCUUCAUCUUGGACCAAAAGGGGUCGCGCAUCUUCAGUGAGAAUGAGACGUAUCCACGCGCGUUACUCCACUGGACCAGAGCUGCUGUCCAGGGCUACACAGUGGCCCGUAUCAAGCUGGGCGACUACCAUUUCUAUGGGUACGGCACGGAUGUGGACUACGAGACUGCAGUCAUGCACUACCGUCUGGCCUCAGAGCAGCAGAACAGCGCCCAGGCCAUGUUCAACCUGGGCUACAUGCACGAGAAGGGCCUGGGCAUCAAACAGGACAUCCACCUGGCCAAGCGCUUCUAUGACAUGGCAGCCGAGGCCAGUCCUGAUGCCCAGGUGCCCGUGUUCCUGGCACUGUGCAAGCUGGGAGUCGUCUACGCACUGCAGUACCUGCAGGAUCUCAAUCUGAGGGAUAUGUUUACUCAGGUGGACCUGGACCAGUUGCUGGGUCCUGAGUGGGAUCUGUACCUGAUGACGGUCAUCGCCCUGCUCCUGGGCACCGUCAUCGCCUACCGCCAGAGGCAGCACCAGGCUCCCCCCGCGCCGCCUCCAGUGCCCCCGCGACCCGCCGAGCAGCCUGACCAGCCUGACCAACCAGGGCCCGCCAUGCCUGAGGAGCAGUGAGACACCCAUCCACCCCCCCCCCCACCCCCUUACCCCACAGCCAUCACCACCAGGAGCGGGGGAGAGAGCGGGCCGAGAGAGACUCAAAUCAGAAGCUCCUCUCCUCUGUUACCCCUCACUCUCCUAGGAAACUGCCCAACGAUGGAGGAGACCAUUCAUCAACUACGUACCCCCCCCCCCCCUUCUUCUUGUUCUUGUUUCUCUUAUUCCUCCUGAGUUGAUCCAUCAAUGCCCCCCCCCAGGCUUCUCCAGCACUUUCCCCACACAGCCCAGCCCUGGUCAUCCAAUAUCACUUCUCAGUUCUGUUUCACAGCAGUGGACAAAUGUGGACAGAGACACUGAGAGACAAGAUAAAAACAAGUGUCCCUUUAAUGCAUUACGGUGUCCCCAGACAAACCUCCCUUUUCCCCAUACGGGGUCAAGAGGUCAUGGCUUGAUCGUUCCCCAGGUGAUGUAUGACAACACCACAAACCCUCCUCAUCAGCGUCAAGAAGGAACGCUGUCAAUGAGAGGAAGAGACUGAAUGAAUGAUGACAAAAUGUCCUGUCUGCGCCAUCCCUUGUGGUCAGUCAAGAGCGCAAUGUCCAGGGUGGCCAGCGAGAAAGUGUAGGGUUUGCCUACGGGCUUUGGACACAUAGAAGAAAAUUAAUGCUAAUGAAUGGGGGAAAAAAAGAACAUUUUUAAAUCGGUUUUGCCUGCCUGUUGAUGUUUAUUUCUGUUUCUCUCUGUAGCUUCCGUACAUUUCUUGGCUAGCAAUAUGAUUUAUCAUCACUUGUCUUCUGAUAUGACGUCAACUGGAAGAUGUCAUCACUGUUGUGUAUUUUCUUUAAAAAACAAACAAACAAAAAAAACGAAACAACGAAAAACAUUGAUGUUGACAGGCAUGCUCUGAUAUGUUCUAUUGAAGAACAUGCUUUUCAGGCACAUAUGUCCCAUUCAGGAAAAGAACCAGAGGAACACUGUUGGCUGCCCUUCAGCAGAAUUUACCAGGGAUGUUUGGGAGUAGCGUGUUGUUAUUGAUGUAAAAAUAAAUCUGACCAUAAUUAAUAA